AUCAGACACCGAACAGCUGAAGAAAAUGUUUCAUAUGUUUAUUUUAUGUUUCUGCUGGUGUCACCUGAUUGGUGUGUUUGGCGAGUCAUUAUCAGUGAUGGAAGGAGAUUCUGUGCUUCUACACAAUAAUGUAACUGCAAUACAUGAAGACGACGACAUACUGUGGAAAUUUGGAGCUGAAAACUCUCUGAUAGCUCAAAUCAACAAAGAGAACCAAAUCUUCCCUGACGGGAGAUUCAGAGACAGACUGAAGCUGGACAGACAGACUGGAUCUCUGACCAUCACAAACAUCACAACUGAACAUGCUGGACGUUAUGAACUAGAGAUAAGUGGAAAAAAACUGUCAACAAAAACAUUCAGUGUUUCUGUCUAUGCCCAUCUGCCCAUUCUUAACAUUACCAGAGAUUUUUCACAAAAUUCAUCAUCAGACUCUAAAUGUAUGCUGCUGUGUUCAGUGGUGAAUGUGGGUCAUGUGACUCUCUCCUGGUACAAAGGAAACAGUUUAUUGUCCAGCAUCAGUGUGUCUGAUCUCAGCAUCAGUCUCUCUCUACCUCUGGAGGUGGAAUAUCAGGAUAAAAACACCUACAGCUGUGUGCUCAACAAUCCCAUCAGCAACCAGGCCACACAUCUGGACAUCAGUCAACACUGUCCAGAUCAGGGUCAAUCUUCAUUUAACAUCGUGUUGAUCUCUGCUGCUGCUGCUGGAUCUCUGUUGAUUGUAGCUGCAGUCGUGAUGUGCUGCAUCCGCAAGAAAUGUAGAAAAAUUGACCAAGAAGUCGAGACUCAUGAAGAAGAGAUCACUUACGCUGAGCCGACGUUCCACAAAAGAAAAGCACAGAAAUCGGAAGAUGAUGUGGAAUAUGCACCCAUCCGCAUGAGAAGAUGAUCAAACUUGAAUACUUUCUGAGUUCCAGGCUGAGUUUUGGGAAUGGUGAGCAUCACCACGUGGCACUAAUUCUGUCAAAACAUUUGUACACAGUCACAGAUGAUACUUUAAUAUGAUAUUUAGUUUGUCUCAUCUAACUGUACAGAGAUGUGGUUUGAUCUGAUGGGUGGACAAACCGGUUCUGCACAUGCUAUUACUGGAUGUUUGUGGUUGAUGUCAGUUUGUGUGUGUUUGUCUUGAUGUGUCAGUAGCGUGUGGCUGAAAGGUGUUUUUCCAUUCCUGCUCAUAUGAUGCUCACGUCUGACUUCUGCUCUACACAAAACAGCUUCACUACAAAAUACUGAACCCAUCAAUGAUCUCCGACAGAUAAAUAAUCCAACAUCUGAGUAAAAAUAUCAUAUACAGUACUAUGUAUUUGUGAAGAAUGAAGAUAUGUAUUAAAGGGCAUUAAACCUAGCCCUUUUUAAAAAACAUUUUGCUUUACUUUUAAAUUUCCCCAAGUAUCUGGAAAAUAAUGCUAUUUUAUCACCAUGUCAAUCUGGAUUUAGGCGUGAUUAUUCAACAACUACGAUACUUGAAAUCUUACAGGUGUUCAACAGAGUCUAAAUAAACACAGAACAAUUUAGAUAUAAUAUUAUGUACAAUUUUUGACCUUAAGUUAAGACGUUUAAAUGCGGAUGCUUUAAAAAGGUUGUCCUCUAUUGGUUGGCUCUUUUGACAUUUUCCCACGGAUGUUUUUGUGUGUUAUGUAGAAGAGUGUUGUUCUAUUCAGGAUGUAUUAUUAUUUUUGUUUAGUUUAUUGUUUUUCUCAAUUACUGGAUCAACUAUGC